GCUCCACACACCCUCGGUCCUUUGGACACCUCUCCCCGUUCUAACAUGGCUCGGCAUGGAUCGAGCCACCGAGCCUCGUGCUCGGCGCGUUGGCGUGCAGGCCUGACGUUGCUUGGGCCGCGCUGUCGCGUGCUCUUUUAACUGCUUCUUGCCUCGCACUUUUGCCUACCUUCUUCAGACCUCUUCCGCGCUUUAAAUACCCUGCGUAAUCGCCCGACGCUUUCGGUCAACGCCGCUAGCCAUUACCACUCCUACACCGACUUCUCAACGUCGCCUCUUUUUCCCACUGUCUGCUCAAUAAUCUGAAUUCGCAGCGAGUGCGCAGGCACACGCGCCAUCAUGGCUGAUUCUAUCCGCGACUACGGCCUCGCGGCCCCCCAUGGCCCUAACAUGAACUCGGAGCAUGUGGCCACCGCCGACUUUACCCAAAUGGACCCCAAGGAGAAGGGAGUUUUUGAUUUCCUCCUCCGCCCUUCCGACAGCUACGACGCAAAUGGCACCUACUGGGCCGACAUGCCUCUGCGCCAGAGGAUAAGAUUCGUCGGUGGCAUUGACUCGGCCGAGGCCAAAGAAGAAACCAAUCAUUUUUGGACCAUGUUCAAGGAGAGCGGCGCACGCUGGACGGGCGUCCUCGCUCCGGUCGGCUGGAUCGUAGGAGCGCACACCUUGUUCUACUACUACUUCAAGAACUGCAUUAUCCCGGGCAUGGGUCUGUUGCUGGAGGGAUACGUCCUUUUCUCCAUUGGUAACGUCAGACCGAUCCUCGAGGCCGCCUUCAAAACUUGCUGGAAAACGUAUGCGAUCUGCAAUAAGACGUGGCUUCAGGCCAUUGAUUACCUUGAGAUUUGUGGUAUCAUCGUUGGCCAGAUCCUUGUCGGUAUCGUCGGCGACUGGCUCGGCCGCCGCUGGGGUCUCAUUCAAGAUGCUGUUAUCAUGUUUGUCGGAUUGCUCAUGCUCACCGCCGCCUGGGGAUUGACCCAGAACGGCUGGAUUAUCUGUUAUGUGUGGUCGCUCUUCUUCUACGGCAUCGGCGUCGGCGGCGAGUACCCCAUGACUGCCACUUCCGGUAUGGAGAACGCCGUUGGUGCCGGUAAGGUGUCGACCAAGGAGGACAGGCUUCACCGUGGUCGCAAGGUCACCAGCGCCUUCUUGAUGCAAGGUUGGGGUCAAUUCGUCAACGUCGUUAUCCUCAUGGUCCUACUGCGCAUCACCCACGGCUACGGCGGACCUCCCUACUCGGAGAAGGCUGCCCAAUGGACGUACCGCGUCAGUUUCUUCAUUCCUGCCAUCGGCACGGGCUGGCUCGUCUACUACCGUGCCUUCCGCAUGAAGUCUGCCAGCAAGCAACUUGCCGUUGCCAAGAAGAAGCAGCACGUUACCGGUUACGACACUCAGUCUCUUCGCCUCACGUUCAGCUACUUUGGCCCUCGUCUUAUUGCCACCGCCGGUGCUUGGUUUGCCAAUGACGUCUUCUUCUACGGCAACAAGCUCUUCCAGAGCGAAUUCAUUAGCGUCAUCACCCCCGGCAACAAGGACGUCAUGAUCACCUGGGACUACUCGCUCAUCAACGUCGGUGUCAGUCUCGUCGGAUACUACAUGGCCUCGUUCUUCAUCGACAACAAGCUCUACGGACGCAAGUGGAUGAUGAUUGUCGGCUUCAUGCUUGACUUUAUCCUCUUCAUCAUCCCCGCCUUCAACUACGAGUACUACACCUCUCCAGCGGGCGUUCACCAGUUCCAGACCAUGUACUUCCUCUCCUCGUUCUUCAACCAGUUUGGUCCCAACUCGGUCACGUUCCUUGUCGCUGCCGAGGUCUUCCCCACGCCCAUUCGCGCCACCGCUCACGGUUUCUCCGCCGCCGCCGGCAAGCUCGGCGCUUUGACCGCUGCCGUCCUGUACAACUACAUCGACACGCAGACCAAGUUCUACGUCGUGCCAUGGUUCGGUCUCGCCGGUGCCAUCUUGACUCUUCUGUUCCUGCCCGACACGACCGGUCUUGAUCUCAAAGAGCAAGAACGCCGGUGGACGUACAUCCGCGCUGGCCGCGAGAACGACUACCACGGUAUCGCCCUUCACUGGAAGCACCUCUCCUGGUGGGAGCGUUUCCGGGGCGUGCACAAGGGCUACAACGCCGAUCUCGACUACCAGGCCAAGGUUGAGGAGAUGCGCGGUGACUGGGAGGAGUGGCAGCAGCGCAAGAUGUCGGAAGAGCUCAAGGGCGAGUACGCGCAAGACGAAGAUGAGUACUCGGAGGAGAUUUCGAGCUACUUCACGCGCACGGCGCGGUCAACGCCGAUGCCAACGCCGCAGAUCUCGACGUUGGAGAAGUCACGAGGCGUGCCGCAGCCGACCGAGGAGGCGUCGGGCAGCGGGAGCGACGAAAAGCUUCAGAUCUGAGGCAGUGUGUGUGUGCUUUAGUAAUGACUGUCAUGGGACACGAAGGGCAACGGGGAUAGACAAAACUUGAUACCAAGAUAUUUAAUAGCAAAGUUUUUCCGCAU